UGAUUGGAAAGUGGAUGACAGAGGCGAUCAACGCUUCUUCAGAAGACAAUGAGUAUCCAUUAAGCAAUGUCAUUGGAGCUUCUGCCUCUGUCUGGAAGCCAAGGUCGGACGAUGCAGCUCCGUGGAUUGAGGUUGGGAUAGAUACUUUCCUCUACUUUGCUAUGGUUCAAAUCUCGCCCGACAUCUCUACCUUCACGAAGAACAUCUGGUUUCGAGACUCCAACAGGAACUGGAUGGUGACAUGGACGAAGAAUGAUGACGAUGAGGCAUUCAUUGUGGGAUUCUUUAUUCCACACUGUCAAAUGCUGACAGUCCCCACAGACGCAAUCAGAAUCUCACUGGACAAACACAGCAGUGUUGAAGUCGCACGCGUUUAUGUGCGUGGUCUUCUGUAAAUUCAUUGUUAAAAACAGGCUCGGCUCACACAUCAUCAACUCUGUCCACAAGUGCCUCGGACCACACAUAAUCAAC